AUGGUCGCCAUAACAAUCAUCCUUUCAUUCUCCGGCCUCAUCGGUUUCCAAGACAUCACUUUCGUAAUCCUCUCAUCUUUCUACAUGUUUUUCCUUUCCAAAUUCGCUUUUCCAACUCUCUCAACAACCCCGGCCCCACCCGUUUUCGCCCGACAUCAACGGCUUUUAACCGCCUAUGUUUCUGUCGGUGCCCUCAUAGGACUUGUCCUCCCAAUAGCUUAUAUUGUUCAUGGAGUUUUGUUGGGUGAUAAAGAAGGUGUAAAAGCGGCUGCACCGCAUGUUUUUUUAUUAGCUAGUCAAGUUUUGAUGGAAAGUGUGACGUUUUCGGGCGGGUUUUCGUUGCCGAUUCGGGUUUUUGUACCGGUUUGUUAUAAUGCUAUGAGGAUGUAUGCGAUUAUGGAUUGGGUUAAAAGUGAGAUUAUGAAAGGGUUAAAUGAUAAUUAUGAUGAGAAAUUAGUGGUUGAGAAUGGAAUUAGUGAAAGGAGGUUGUUUUUUGGAAGGUGUCUAGCUUUCGGGAAUUUGGUGUUUUGGGGGUUUAAUCUUUUUGGGUUUUUGGUGCCUUUUUAUUUACCUAAAGCUUUUAAAAAGUAUUAUGAUGAUGUUGGUGAUGAUAAUGAUUCUAAGGAUAAAGAUUCUUAA